AUGCUUGUCACCAUUUUAUUCUUCUUUGUUUGUGUUCGAAUUUCUAAUUGCAAACUUUGUAAUGACGGUUCAAAUCCAUGUAAAUUAGAUGCGCCAGGUUCACCCAAUGCAUAUUUUUUACCCAUUAAUGGUUAUUAUUGUCUUGAUUCUUUCAAGAAUGAUGGAGUUAUUUGUACAUGUCCAGAUCAUUCGACAACACAUAAUCAACCUUGUCGAAUUUGUGAUCGUGACCCAAAUCCAUGUGGUGUUGGACCAUCAGUUGUUUCAUGUAAUGAUAUAAAUAAAUCUUUUAUAUGUGUAUGUAAAAACGAACGGGAAGAAUUUGUACAUACAACAAUAUCAUGUGAUGAGAAUUCUGUUAUACCUGAAAUAAAAUGUGAGAAUGAUGGUGUUCGAGAUCCAACAACAAAUCUCUGUAAUUGUCCAAGUGGUUUUACUGGUAGUAAAUGUGAAACUCGAGAUAAUACUCAAUUGUGUGAUAGGAUUCGAUGUAUGUCAAAUGGUGUAUGUAGCAUUCGUCCUUUAUUUGAUGGAGCAGCAAUAUAUCAAUCAAAAUGUCUUUGUCGAUCAGGUUCUGAAGGCGAUUAUUGUGAAAGACAAAGUAAAAUCGGUUCUUGUACAGCGUCGUAUUGUUUAAAUGACGGUAUUUGUAGGCAACGUCAACUUGGAUCUUCUAAUUAUAAAUCUUGUCACUGUAAACCGGGAUGGGCUGGUGCACAAUGUGAUAAACAAUAUUUUCGGUGUCGAGCAUCGGGAUAUUUCAUCGAUGAAUUUAUGAAAAACCAAGGAAAAUAUUUUUCAUGUAAACUUUUGAAUAAUGGUUUGGAUUACUUACUUCAACAACGAUCGUGUCCGAAAGGCCUCAAAUUUAAACUUGAAAAACAAUUAUGUCUUUUAUGA